GCACAUAUUAUUUGAAUAGUUAUGAAUGCAGUUACCCUAUGAAAUACAGUAUAUGUCGCACAAAAAUAUGUAGCCAGUAACGUUACUUGUAAAUGCUGUGGGUUCAUUCCAAUUUACUUUUUAAACGAUGACUGUUUUAAACACGUAACACUGUGUAGCAUUACGCUACCAAAUCAAUUGACAAAGUCCAAUAUCAGUCGCGGGCUAACGUAGCAUUACAGUCCACGUUUCUUGCAAGCUAAUUCAUUACGAUGACAUAAAAUAAAAUUCAUUCAUUACCUCGUCUGUGAACACUAUGGCCGAUCUCCAUACGCCUCUGGAUGAUGAAAACGACAUGUCCCAUGAUUCCACUCUCCUACAUAACGUCAUUUAGCUUCGUCUUUUGUUGUUUCGAAAGUGCGCCAUCUAGCGGUCCAAAUAUUCCAUUGUGUCUUUAAUCUUUAAAGAGUAACGCGAUGACAGCUUGACUAGAUUGUGUUUUUGUGAAUUACAUGCAGUAAAAUGACUGUCAUGAAAGAUCACACACAACAGGUGAUAAAAAAUAUGUAAUACAAAUAAAUUAUUCAUCACACGGAUUACUAAUUUGGAGCACUGACUGACACCUUGUGAUGAAAUAACCACGUAUGUUUAUCAGCCACUGCUUUCACAGAUCGGCUUUGCUGGAUUCACAAUAAUCAUCAGAAUAUCUCUUCUCAGGUUCAAUGAUACCCUCUAUUCUGUGUACUAAAUCUAGAACAGAGCGCGCGCACAACAGAAACUGCGUCUGACAACAUUGUUUCUCUGAAAUGAGAAGAGGUGAUCCUGUCCGGAAACAUUUUUUGACAUGCUGGUUGGAAAUCUCUUUACAUCCUGAUUGCAAUCAAGAAGUAUAGUGGUCAAAUAAUAUUUGUAUAAUUAGAUAUCGUUUGUGAAAGGCGUAUAGGACCAAAAAACGUUCGUCCAGUCAAAACGUUUUGUAAGGACUCUGACUGGUCUUGUGUACAUUUUCACUGAAAAAUUUUCAGCCAACGUAUUUUGCAUACCACUGCGCAGCCUGUUCACGCAGACAUGUACGUCAUCAGUGCGCGCUCACGUCCGCCGUCUCAAUGUAUGGGAGAAUGGCGGACAAAUGGGAACAAUCAAACGUUCCUGCGGAACCGACAGCCAGUAAAUCUACAAAACGAAAGUCCGUUUUUGAAAAAGCAGUGACGAAAAAACGUCUGGAUCAUGAAAGAGGAAAAACUCGCAUUAACAUCGGUUCAGCUUUUACUCGAUGGAGACAGCUCCGGCAGGCAAGGGGUUUGAAAGACGAUACCAUGGUUGCUCUCUUUCUUUUGGACAGGAGAACUUUGCUCGAGCAGCUUCUGAUAGCUCCUCCUCCCUUCCACCACAUAAGCGACACUGCGACCGUUGAAAUGUUGACGACGACGACACGGGCGGAUGUGAUGUGCUGUAAAUCAGUGGGAACUGAUCUGUCCAUGCUGGAUAUUGAUGAUUUCAUCACAGAAAUCUGUCAGCUGAAGAAAGAGGUGGCGUUACUGGAGGAAAAGCUGAGGACAAGAGGAGAUGAACUCAACACUGAGGUUUUGUCGGCUCAAUCUUCAGUGUGUAUGAGUGACGGGAGCUCCACAGAACGUCUGGAUUCAGUGUGGAGCAGCAGAGAUCAGAGCACACCACAGCCACUGCUGGACAAACUCUCUGAACAGAAGUCCAGACACACACAGGACUCGGAGCUCAGCCUCACUUUACUCUGUUAUACUGACACAAACCCCACAGACGCUCAGGACACUGUGUGUGACAGUAAUCACACCUUGAAUCAGGAUGAAUCUACUGAUCAAACCUCCACAGAGUCUCUGGAUUCUGUCUGUAACGCUGGAGAACAGCAGAUCCUGAACACCAGACCACUCAACAUGUGUUCUGUCACACUGAAGAAUGACGAGAACCAGAUCGAGAUAAAAACAGAACCCACAGCAGAAGAUGAUCAAACGAAUGAAGAUGAUGAUGAGGAAGACGACGACGAGGAUGAUGAUGAUGAUGAAGAUAUUGAUGAAGAUGAUAGCGAUGAUGAUUUUUUUCCUUCAGAUGAGAGCAGUGAUUCGUGUUCUGAUGGAGAAAUGGCCUCUACUGAUCUGAACAUUAACAUGAAGACACAAAGUGAUGGAAACCCUAUACACUGCAGUGUAUGUGACAAGUGUUUCAGCACCGAACAAAGUCUUGUUAUUCAUCAGAGAAUUCACACGGGAGAAAAACCGUAUGAGUGUCCUCAGUGUGAUAAGAGAUUCAACCACGAAGCCAGUGUUAAAACACACAUGCGUGUCCACACCAAUGAGAGACCGUAUCAGUGCAGUGAAUGUGGAAAAACCUUUAGACAGACAGGUUCUUUACAGAGACACCAGAUAUCACACUCGGAGGAGAAACUCUAUCAGUGUUCACACUGUGAUAAACGCUUCCAUCAUAAAGCCAAUCUGACGCUCCAUGAGAGAACUCACACUGGAGAGAAACCUUACCUCUGCUCUCAGUGUGGACAGAGCUUCUCUCAACUAAGUAAUUUCAAAGAUCAUCAGAGAAUUCACACGGGAGAGAAACCUUAUCACUGCAGUGUUUGUGGAAAGAGUUUCACUCAGUCAGGUUCUUUCAAAGAUCAUCAGAAAGUUCACAGUGGAGAAAAGCCUUAUCCCUGCAGUGUUUGUGGGAAGAGAUUCAGUCGACGUGAUAAUUUAAAGACGCACCAGAGACUUCAUACUGGAGAAAGACCUUACAAAUGUUCUCAGUGUGACAUGGCGUUUACGCAGCGAGUUCUCCUGAAACUCCAUCAGAAAGUUCACACCGGAGAGAAACCAGGAAAAACACGACCUAAAUCCACACAGGACUCGGAGGUCAGCCUCACUUUACUCUGUUAUACUGACACAAACCCCACAGACGCUCAGGACACUGUGUGUGACAGUAAUCACACCUUGAAUCAGGAUGAAUCUACUGAUCAAACCUUCACAGAGUCUCUGGAUUCUGUCUGUAACGCUGGAGAACAGCAGAUCCUGAACACCAGACCACUCAACAUGUGUUCUGUCACACUGAUUGGGACUGAUGGGAAACUGAUAAAAACAGAACCCACGUCAGAGGAAGAUCAAACGGAUGAAGAUGAAGAUAAUGAAGAUGAUAGCGAUGAUGAUUUUUUACUUUCAGAUGAGAGCAGUGAUUCGUGUUCUGAAGGAGAAACGGCCUCGACGUCAAAAGAGCACAGGAAGAACAUUAACAUGAAGAGACACAGUGAUGAAAAGCCUUUCAACUGCAGUGAAUGUGACAAGUGUUUCAGCACCAUACAAUAUCUUGUGAUUCAUCAGAGAAUUCACACGGGAGAACUAACCUACAAGUGUCCUUACUGUGACAAGAGAUUCAACCAACUAGACAAUGUAGAGCGACACGUGCGUGUCCACACCAAUGAGAGACCGUAUCUGUGCGGUGAAUGUGGAAAAACCUUUAGACAGACAGGUUCUUUACAGAGACACCAGAUAUCACACUCCGAGGAGAAACUCUAUCAGUGUUCACACUGUGAUAAACGCUUCCGUCAUAAAAAUAGUCUGAUGCUUCAUGAGAGAGUUCACACUGGAGAGAAACCUUACCUCUGCUCUCACUGUGGUAAGAGCUUCUCUGAUCCAAGUAAUUUCAAAGAUCAUCUGAGAAUUCACACGGGAGAGAAACCUUACGUCUGCUGUCAAUGUGGAAAGAGCUUUACUCAGUCAGGUUCUUUCAAAGAUCAUCAGAGAAGUCACAGUGGAGAAAAGCCUUAUCCCUGCAGUGUUUGUGGGAAGAGAUUCAGUCGACAGUUCAAUUUAAAGACGCACCAGAGACUUCACACAGGAGAAAGACCUUACAAAUGCUCUCAGUGUGACAUGGCGUUUACGCAGCGAGUUCUCCUGAAACUCCAUCAGAAAGUUCACACCGGAGAGAAACCAGGAAAAACACGACCUGUGAAGAAGACUUGACUUAGACCGACAAUUACAUGUAUGCAUUUAGCAAACGCUUUUAUCUGAAGGGACUUGCAGUAAAUCCAAGCUAUACAUCUUAUUAGUAUGUUAGUAUGUGUGUUGGAUCGAACUCACAACCUUUUGCGCUGCUAACGCAAUGCUCUGCCACUGACCCACAGGAGCACAGAAAAACAACAACCCUUAAUAAAAAGUUUUGACAAACACUUUUUUUUACUAACAGCAUCUGUUUUAACCCUUCCUAGAUUAGAGUUACAAAAACGAAUCAAACUUCUCGUUUAUAAAACGUUGCGUAGGCACAAAACGAGGCUGGUAAUGUGCGUACGCAACUUUCCACGCAAAGGUUGUGAUCUAUUAAAAACAAACUUUACGGGAGAAUGUAAUGGGCCUCAUUUAUAACGGGCGUACGACCGAAAACUGGGUGUAGAGUCGCUUUCACGCAAAACUCGGCAAUUAUCAAUAUGGACGUGAGUGGUUGCUACGAUCAAAUCUCACGACAGGUGUCGGCUCGUGUACGCAUGUUUUGAGAUGGGUGAAGGUCUGUGUAUGCUUUAACCUUUUGAUAACUGAAAAGUAAUAGUGAUAUAGAAAGAUAUAGAUUUAGUAUAACAAAUGUAAAAUAUAUUUCGAUUUAAAUAGAGGCCGGUUUGUGGAGGCUGAUGACCGCUGGUCCUGCCUCUGACAGAUCUGAAGCAAACAUAAAACUGUGUGUGCUUGAUUUAAGCAGCCUGAAAUGCGAGAUUAGCAGCAUUAGAUUCUAAACCUUGAUCCUGUUUACAAACAUCUGUCUCCUCCGCCACAUGCCAUGUUUUUCUUUGCCUAAAU